CGAGUAUGCAUUAGAUGAUUAGCAGUGAUUAGUGUGAAAGUUUGAAAUUCACUGUUUCUUACCCUCGAAGUUUUUCAGAUACAAAUUUCCUAGAUCCAAAGCACCAGAAUCUUUUGUUAUUGAGCCAUUUCCUGGAAACCCGCGUUUAGACCAGAUCCUGCUCUAGUGUGUUUUUGACUAAUCUUGGAUCUGUUUUGAAUUCAUCAUGCCAGACGUUUCGAGUGCUUCUACAGCACCGUCUGAGGCCUCAGAUGGCAAUGAGGACAAAGUGGAGAAGAACCCAGAUUUCCAGAUUGCUCAGUGGUUGUUUUUAUUGAAAACUGACCAGUUCAAAAACGACUCAGCGGUGAAGAACUCACUAAUGGAGGCAAUCAAAGCCAAUGAAAUGGCGCCGUACUAUGAAAUGGUGACGAAAACAUUAGGGUUUAAUGCGGACACUUCUUUACUUAACCAACUGCGGCAAAAGAACGAGCAAAAAAUUAAGGAACUUGAUGCGGCAAUUUUGGAUGCCGAACAGAAUUUGGGAUCCAUUGAAGUGCGCGAAGCGUACCUUGCGAAGUUUAAUUAUCUUUCCCGCACUGGAGACAAGGAAGCGGCUGAAAGUGCGUUUCGACAGUGCUUCGAAAAAACCGUAGGACACGGCAACAAACUCGAUCUGAUCUUCCAAAUGAUCCGUAUUGGUCUCUUCUUUGAUGAUUUGGAUUUGACCACUCGCAAUUUGGAUAAAGCACGCAGCCUAGUGGAGGAGGGCGGUGAUUGGGAUCGGCGAAACCGGUUGAAGGUGUACGAGGGUUUGCAUUUCAUGAAGAUCCGUGAGUUUCCGAAAGCCACCACCAAUUUCCUGGACUCAGUUAGCACAUUUACCUGUUCGGAGAUAUUGGACUACGAUACCUUCGUGACGUAUGCCGUCUUGUGCGCGAUGUUGACACUGGAACGAGUGAAACUUAAAGAAAAAGUGGUCCGGAGCGCUGAAAUUGCGGAAGUUUUGUUCAGAUUGCCGGAUUUGCGACAGUUUCUCAGCUCGUUGUAUGGAUCGCAUUAUGCUGAAUUUUUUCUGCAGCUGGCAAACGUUGAGCAGAAACUGAAAGUGGACCGGUACUGGGCUGACCAUUACCGCUACUACACGCGGGAAAUGCGUAUCCUCGCCUACAACCAGCUGUUGGAGUCCUAUCAAUCCUUGACGCUCGAUUAUAUGGGCCAGGCUUUUGGCGUUACGGCUGGUUUUAUUGACAAGGAAUUGUCGCGCUUUAUUGCCGCUGGUCGCCUGCAUUGCAAGAUUGACAAGGUGAACGGUGUAGUGGAAACAACCCGGCCAGACAACAAGAACCGACAAUAUCAGUUGUUCAUUAAGCAAGGUGAUCAUUUACUGAACAAGAUCCAGCGCCUCUCGAGAGUUAUUAACGUCUGAUUUUUCUCUUCUGUUUUCCGCUGUGUCAUGUAUUCUUUAUCACAUUUUUGGUCACUUCGCUGUUGCAUCAGGUUUGCCACUUUUACUAUUAUGGAGUUCCAUAAUUUUCCUAAUUAUACCGUCAUAAAGCCUAACAAUGAGUUCGUGUACCGGCAUAAUGACGCUAUAAUGUACGCUAGACUACAGUACUUUUGCUGCUGUCGAAAGCAUGAACAAGCUUCUGUCCCAAAGUCUUC